ACUACAGUGAGGAUAAAUUAUGUAGCGUUUUUGCUUGUGAGUUUUUCUUUGAUCGCUCGGGAAGUUGGGGAAAGUUCAGAAUUUAGAAGAUAAGGACUUUCUAGCUACCACUUGGUUACUCUUUCAUAGAUACAAUUACUUCAACUGCUUCAAUGUCCUUCCCUCGGGAGCCGUCCAGUUUUGAGGAGAUAUCUAAGCAAAAGAGCAUCCUCUUCUCCGAUGGCCUUAAGGAUUUAGGAAUUAUCAGGAAACAACUCUACUCAGCUGCAGAGUAUUUCGAGUUUUCUUGUACCAACGAUGACCAGAAACGGAUAGUAGUGAAUACAUUGAAGGAUUAUGCCAUUAAAGCUCUUGAGAAUACGGUAGACCAUUUGGACUCUGUGUCCUAUAAGGUGAAUGAUUUGUUGGAUAAGCAGGUUGAUGAAGUUACCAGAACAGAGCUCCGUUUAUCAUGUAUUGAGCAGAGGCUAAAGACAUGCCAGGAGGGCCUUUCUCAGCAGUCACUAGUGAUAAACGCUCCCAAGUACCAUAAACGGUACAUCUUGCCAGUGGGGGAGACCAUGCAUGGUGCGAUCCAUACUAUGUUGAAGUUCCAAGGAUGCAGCCUAGACGAUGAAGAUGACUGGCAUCAUUUUAAGAAUGCUAUUCGAGCUACAAUUGGAGAUACUCCAUCAUCGGUAGUCUUUAAAGGACGCUCUCCUUCACCUUCUCCACGAUUUGCUCAGCAACCCGGAAACUUUUCAUUCUCUGGUACCAUCGCCAGAAAAGAUAUAGAAAAACGAACAGUGUCACCACCCCGGUUUCCCCUUUUGCGUUCGAGAUCCAUCUCUAGUAAGCCAAACACGCCAAAAAGUUCCCAGCCGGCAACCUCAAAUCGGAGUCGGUCAACCACUCCAAAUCCUUCUUUUGGAAGACAACAGUACAUUUCAGAACCUCGAAAAUCUGCUUCACUCCGCUUUCACGUUGAGAAAGAAAACCCGCAAGAUAUAGAACAAUUUCCGAGCAAAAGUAAACGCAUUUUGAACGCAUUGCUCAGUCGAAGCGAGUUGAAGAAAGACGAGACGUUGUACACUUACUUGGAUGAAUAUUAAUUACGGGAACAUAAAUGAGAAAUGAAAAACGAUCUCACUUCUCAGCAGCAUUUUUUUUCUUGAAUUCCACUAUAGAGUCGUAUAAUUUUGUUUUCUUUUCCAGUUUUCAGUUUUCACCUUCCAUUUUCACAAUGUUCUUCAGCAGAAUUGUAGCUGUACAUAAUAUGGUCUAUAUAAAGUGUUCACCUCCUCACAUGGAGGGAAAUCCACUUCAAAUAAAUUAUAUUUUAUUGAAAGUGGGUUCCCUUCCAUAUAAAAGUGGUGAACACUGUUAUGGAUAUUUUGAUGUACGUGUAGCAUCAUCCCCUCUUGAUUAUUGCACUAGGUUGAUUCAAGACUCAAUUUGUUCAAUUUCGAGCCUUUCCAUACUUCCAAUUGAAAUUAAGCUUAUAUUA